CUGCAAUAAUAUAGUCAGCCAUUUUUUAUGUAAGGGGAUUUUUCUUAUUGGGGGGGUUGUUAAAAAAUAAAUAUAAGGGCGGCCAUCUUUGUUUCCUUGCGUUGUAGUGUAAAAUAUUCCAAAACGCCCCCCACUUUUUUUCUGGAGUCGAUUUGAAUAUUAAAUAAAUAUCAUAAUUCCGGAGGAUUUCUGAUUUCGAGUACGGAGCCGAUGACAGGAAUAUAAUGUCCUCUCCUCUCCGGUCCUGUGAGGAAUACAAGGGCAUGUUGGUUAAUUCCAAGGGAGGAGAUUUUGAUGAAGAAGAGGACGACGGAGAUCUAGACGAGAACGCAAGCGACAUAAACUCGCCGGCGGCGCCUCGAGAAACUGCAACACUAGCCGCGCCAGAGGAAGAAGGGGGGGCAUUGGACAGGGACAGUCUAGGGAGGAAGAAACGAGGGCCCAAGAAGAAGAAGGAGACAAAGAAGAAGGAGAAAGAGAAAGAAGGAAAACUCUCCAAAGCUAAAAAACGGAAAAGGAUUGACAGUGAUGUAGAGAGAGACUCGGAGAGAGAGAGAGACUAUGGAGAGAACUCUGACAGUGCAGCCAGCAUCUUCACUUGUGAGAAAAAGAAGAAGAAGAAACACAAGGAGAAGAAGGAGAAAAAAAAACAAAAGAUGAAAAAAGACAAUGGGGACAGCACGCAAGAGGAGACAAUAAAACCAAUAGAACAGAAGACGUCGGCCCAGCUGGCUAAAGACUGGGGUCUGGAGGAUGUGGAUCAUACCUUCACUGAAGAUGACUACCGCACACUCACCAACUACAAAGCCUUCAGCCAGUCCAUGAGGCCCAUGAUCGCCAAGAAGAACCCUAAGAUCCCCAUGUCUAAGAUGAUGACCAUCCUGGGGGUCAAGUGGAGGGAGUUCAGUUCCAACAACCCCUUCAAGGGCUCAGGUGCUGCGGCCGUGGCAGCUGCAGCCGCGGCCGCCGCCAUUGCCGUCGCCGAGCAGGUCUCCGCGGCAACCGCUUCCCCAUCCCCUCCGCCCCCUCCGCCCCGGAAGCAGCCCCAAACUCCCCGGCCGGCCCCCCAGCCGCCGCCCCCGCUCCGCAAGGCCAAGACCAAAGAGGGCAAAGGCCCUGGAUAUAAGAAGAGUCGCAGUAAGAGUCCUCGUGUUCUGGCUGAGAGGAAGAAGGCGGUGGCAGCGGCUGCGGCAGCAGCAGUAGCGGCGGCAGCAGCAGCAAAGGCCAAGAAGAUGGCUCCCAUACGCAUCAAACUAGGGGCCCUAGGCAACAAGAGGAAGAAGAGCAGCUCUAGUGGUGAGGAUGUUGAGGAGGAAGAUUCGGAGCAGGAGGACUCCAGUGUCCACAGCUCCUCGGUCCGCUCCGACAGCUCGCCCCGCGUCAAGAAGAACAAAAGAGGACGGCCCGCCAAGAAGAAGAAGAAAAUGCUGGGUGAGGGUGAUGUGGAGGUGGAUGGUUAUGAGACAGACCACCAGGACUACUGUGAGGUGUGCCAGCAGGGAGGGGAGAUCAUUCUCUGUGACACCUGUCCCAGAGCCUACCACCUGGUCUGUCUGGAGCCUGAGCUGGAGAAGGCCCCCGAGGGCAAGUGGAGCUGCCCCCAUUGUGAGAAAGAGGGGAUCCAGUGGGAAGCGAAGGAUGAGGACUUUGAGGAGUUUGAGGAGGAGAGUGAGGACAUGGUGGUACCAGAAGUACCUGGGGUUGGACUGCUGGUAGGACUGGAGGAAGAGGAGGAUGAGCACAUGGAGUUCUGCAGGGUCUGUAAGGAUGGGGGGGAACUAUUAUGCUGCGACACCUGUCCCUCCUCCUACCACAUCCACUGUCUCAACCCGCCCCUGCCUGAGAUCCCCAACGGAGAGUGGCUGUGUCCGCGCUGCACUUGUCCUGCCAUCAAAGGCAGGGUACAGAGGAUCCUCCACUGGCGAUGGGGCGAGCCCCCCGAUCCUGUACCCGUGCCCCCCGCCCCCGAUUCCCCUCCUGAUGCUCCCCUGCCAACCCCCAUGAAGGGCAGGGCCGAGAGGGAGUUCUUUGUCAAGCUGGCCGGACAGUCCUACUGGCACUGUACCUGGAUCACUGAAAUACAGCUGGAGAUCUUCCACUCUGUGAUGUUCCGUAACUACCAGAGGAAGACAGAUAUGGAUGAGCCUCCCAGUCUGGACUAUGGGUCAGGGGGAGAGGAGGAGAGUGUUAAGAGUGAGAAGAGGAGGCUGAAAGACCCAGACUAUGCGGCCCUGGAUGACAAGUUCUAUAAAUACGGCAUCAAGCCUGAAUGGAUGAUGGUCCACCGCAUCAUUAACCACAGUGUGGACAAGAAGGGGAUAUACCACUACCUGGUCAAGUGGAGAGACCUGACCUAUGACCAGUGCACAUGGGAGAGAGACAAUCUGGAAAUGCCAGAGUUUGUCAUCCACAAGGCCAACUACUGGGCACACAGGGAUGAGGUGAUGAAGGAGGCUCCAGACAUGCCAAGGAGGAUGAGGAGUAUGAGGAUGGAGGAGAGCGAAGACCCCCACAGAUCACCUGUCAACGACCCUACGAUAAAGUACGAGGAGCAGCCAGACUUUGUGACGGCGACGGGGGGCACUCUGCACCUGUACCAGCUGGAGGGGCUCAACUGGCUGCGUUUCAGCUGGGCACAGGGCACUGACACCAUCCUGGCAGACGAGAUGGGGCUGGGCAAGACUAUCCAGACCAUCGUCUUCCUCUACUCACUCUUUAAAGAGGGCCACACUCGUGGCCCGUUCCUGGUGAGUGCCCCCCUCUCCACCAUCAUUAACUGGGAGAGAGAGUUUGAGAUGUGGGCCCCGGACUUCUACGUGGUGACCUACACAGGGGACAAGGACAGCAGAGCAAUCAUCAGAGAGAAUGAGCUGACCUUUGACGACACGGCCAUUAGGGGAGGGAAGAAAGCCUUCAAACUGAGGAGAGAAGCCCCAAUAAAGUUCCAUGUCCUGUUGACCUCCUAUGAGCUGGUGACAAUAGACCAGACCUCCCUGAAGUCUAUAGACUGGGCAUGUCUAGUGGUGGACGAAGCCCACCGCCUCAAGAACAAUCAGAGCAAGUUCUUCCGACGUCUGAAUGACUAUAAGAUUGACCACAAGCUGCUGCUGACUGGUACUCCUCUACAGAACAACCUGGAGGAGCUGUUCCACCUGCUCAACUUCCUCACUCCCAACCGCUUCAAUAACCUGGAGGGGUUCCUGGAGGAGUUUGCCGACAUCUCCAAGGAGGACCAGAUCCAGAAGCUGCAUGACCUGCUGGGCCCACACAUGUUGCGGAGGCUGAAGGCUGACGUCUUCAAGAACAUGCCGGCCAAGACAGAGCUCAUCGUACGAGUGGAACUCAGCCCCAUGCAGAAGAAAUACUACAAGUUGAUUCUGACGAGGAACUUUGAGGCUCUGAACUCGAAAGGAGGAGGUAACCAGGUGUCUCUACUCAACAUCAUGAUGGACCUGAAGAAGUGUGCCAACCACCCCUACCUCUUCCCUGUCGCCUCCAUGGAAGCCCGUAAGACUGCAAGCGGAGCGUACGAGGGCACGGACCUCACAAAGGCUUCUGGGAAACUGACUCUUCUGCAAAAGAUGAUGAGAAAACUGAAGGACCAAGGACACCGCGUGCUCGUCUUCUCACAGAUGACUAAGAUGUUGGACCUGUUGGAGGACUUCCUGGACUUUGAGGGUUAUAAGUACGAGAGGAUCGAUGGAGGAGUCACAGGGGCUCUGAGACAGGAGGCCAUAGACAGGUUCAAUGCUCCUGGUGCGCCUCAGUUCUGUUUCCUGCUGUCCACCAGGGCAGGGGGUUUGGGUAUUAACCUGGCUACAGCUGACACCGUCUUCAUCUUCGACUCAGACUGGAACCCCCACAAUGACAUCCAGGCGUUCAGUCGUGCCCACCGCAUCGGGCAGGCCAACAAGGUGAUGAUAUACCGCUUCGUGACCCGUGCCAGUGUGGAGGAGCGCAUCACCCAGGUGGCCAAGAGGAAGAUGAUGUUGACCCACCUCGUGGUACGGCCCGGCCUGGGCUCCAAGGCUGGAUCCAUGUCCAAACAGGAGCUGGACGACAUCCUCAAGUUUGGCACCGAGGAGCUGUUCAAGGACGAGAUUGAAUCGGGGGACAACAGGGACGAUGAGGGCAGUGUGAUCCACUACGACAGCUCGGCCAUCGAGAGGUUGCUGGACCGGAGCCAGGACGCUACGGAUGACACAGACAUGCAGAACAUGAACGAAUACCUGAGCUCCUUCAAAGUGGCCCGAUACAUGGUCCGAGAGGAGGAUAAGAUUGAGGAGGUGGAGCGUGAGAUCAUUAAGCAGGAGGAGUGUGUGGACCCAGAAUACUGGGAGAAGCUGCUGAGACAUCACUAUGAGCAACAACAGGAGGACCUGGCUAGUAAACUGGGCAAGGGCAAGAGGAACCGCAAGCCUGUCAACUACAACGACGCAGCACAGGAGGACCAAGAUAACCAGUCCGAGUACUCUGUGGGCUCCGAGGAGGAGGAUGAAGACUUCGACGAGAGACCAGAAGGUUCUCGCAGACAGUCCCGCCGCCAGAUGAGGAACGAGAGAGACAAGCCAUUGCCCCCCCUGUUGGCCAGAGUGGCCGGCAACCUGGAGGUGUUGGGCUUCAACACGCGCCAGCGGAAGGCCUUCCUAAACGCGGUGAUGCGUUGGGGCAUGCCCGCCCAGGACGCCUUCUCCUGCCAGUGGCUGGUCAGAGACCUGAGGGGCAAGAGUGAGAAGGAGUUCAAAGCGUAUGUGUCUCUGUUCAUGCGUCACCUGUGUGAGCCCGUGGCCGACGGCGCCGAGACGUUCGCCGACGGCGUGCCGAGGGAGGGCCUGUGCCGUCAGCCCGUGCUGACCCGCAUCGGGGUCAUGUCCCUGGUCAAGAAGAAGAUCCAGGAGUUUGAGCACAUCAACGGGCGGUGGAGUCUCCCAGAGCUGAAGCCAGAGAUGAAGCCUGAGGCGCUGAGGCCAGAGGUCAGUGUGUCUUCCUCCUCCAGAGCCUCCUCCCCUGGAGGGACCAUGAAGACUGCUACGCCCACCCCUGACCCCAGCUGUACCUCAGACAACACCCCCUGCACCUCCAAACCAGCUACCCCUGCUCCCUCAGAGAGAGAGAAGAACGGGAAAGAUGGAGAGAAGGAGGAGGGAGAGAAGGAGGAGGGUAAGGCCUCAUCUGAGCCAGAGAAAGAUGGAGAGAAAGAGACGGAAGGGGGUAAAGCGGUAGAGGGCAACAGGAGUGCAGAUCCUGAAGUGUCUCCAAUCCCUACGAAAGAAGCUCCGCAAGAAUUAUCCCCUAGUACAACAACAGACAAGGAAGAGAGUGAUACAAAAGAGGAGGGGAAAGAAACAAAAACGACUGACACCCCUCCGGCCCCAGUGGAGGAGAAGAAAGGAGAAGAGGAGAGUACGGAGGGCACACCGGGAGGAACAACUAAACAAGGGUCGGCGGUCAAAGAUGAGAAACCAGGUAGUGUAACGCUCUCACCCGGAGAGAAGAUGGAGGAGGAGGAGAAGGGGAGAGAGAAGGAGAACGACAAGGAGAGCGAGGAAGCCCCUGUUGCCACAGAAGCAUCAGACAACAAGGAGAAGAUGGACAGACAGCUACCCUCUGACGUGAUGAAAGAGGAAGUAAAAGGUGAAAAGGAUGCUGGGAAAGAAGUGGCGAAGGAGGAGGUUGCCAAAGACACCUUGCCGAAACCCCCCAUCAUCCCACCCGAGCGACGGCGCUUCAUGUUCAACAUCGCUGACGGGGGCUUCACGGAGCUUCAUACGCUGUGGCAGAACGAGGAGCGGGCGGCCAUCUCCUCUGGGAAGAUGAAUGAGAUCUGGCACCGGCGGCACGACUUCUGGCUGCUGGCGGGAAUCGUUCUUCAUGGGUACGCGAGGUGGCAGGACAUCCAGAACGACCCCCAGUUCGCCAUUGUCAACGAGCCCUUCAAGUCGCAGGCCAACAAGGGCAACUUCCUGGAGAUGAAGAACAAGUUCCUGGCCCGCCGCUUCAAGUUAUUAGAGCAGGCCCUGGUGAUCGAGGAGCAGCUGAGGAGGGCAGCCUACCUGAAUAUGACCCAGGACCCGGUCCACCCCGCCAUGGCCCUGAACGCCCGCUUCGCCGAGGUGGAGUGUUUGGCUGAGUCCCACCAGCACCUCAGCAAGGAGUCCCUGGCCGGGAACAAACCUGCCAACGCAGUGCUGCACAAGGUGCUGAACCAGUUGGAGGAGCUGCUGAGUGACAUGAAGGCUGACGUGACGCGGCUCCCUGCCACACUGUCCCGAGUCCCGCCCAUCGCCGCACGCCUGCAGAUGUCAGAGAGGAGCAUCCUCAGCAGACUAGCCAGCAAGGGUACUGACACACACACUCCCCCGAUCAUCCCUCCAGGACCGUACGCCACUCCUCAGAACUUUGGACCCGCCUUCACCCCCGUCCCCCCGGGAGUCUUACCCAUGGGAGGGGCCAACUACAGCCAGAUGCCCCCUGGAUCUUUCGUAUCAGAAGCCCCAGAAGCCCCGGGUGGCGGCGGCGCCGGCUUCCUGAAGACCAAGGAGCACGACAUCAUGCAGCGGCAGCGCGUGGUCGACCUGUGGAAGGACGGCAAAUCGGAGGGGUCCAUCGGGCAGGAGCUGAGGAUGCCUAAGUCCACGGUGCACAGCAUCAUCGUCAAGUACCGCCUCAGUAACACCGUGGAGAACCUGCCCCGCAACGGACGGCCCAAGAAACCCUGAGGAUGGCGGGAUGGAGAGAUGGAGGGAGAGGUGGAGAAGCACAGAGAGAGACAGAAUCCAAAAGGAGGAGAGGAGAAGAGACGGCACUUUGCAGUAAAGCAUGGACGAUGGAUAGUGAGAGAGAGAGGGAGGUGGAGGGAGGCAGGGAGAGAGAGAGAGAGAGAAUCCAAAAGGCACUGCUUUGAAGUAAAACAUGGACAAUUUAUAGUGAGAGGAAGGUGAAUUGUCUGGCCAAAAAAUAGAGGGGGAAAGGGGGAAGGAAAGAAGGAAAGAGGCCCGUAACCUGACUCUGGGGGAGAAGUGUUGGCAGAGAGAAAAAGGCAACGAGGAAAAAAUAGCGAGAGUAUGUUAAUGUAAUCAAGAGAGAAGGGGUUCAAGAAUGUAGGUAUGAGCAGCUGAAAGAGACAAACAUGCAAAGAAAGGGGAGAUUUGUUCUUUUUCAUUCCUCAGACAAAUCUACUGGCCCGUUUCUAUCCCUUCUCUCUCCCGUUCUGCCCCAACGUUUCCCCUCCGGAAUCAUUCUUUAUCCGACGGCUGAGUGAACGACUCCGCACUUCGACUCUGCACUCCUUCAUUCCUCCACAAUCCCUCUCUGUCCUGCACACCUCAUCCUCCCUCUCUCUUACACACACACACAGCAGACCUUGCACACAACAUUACCUAAACCUACUAAGACUGGUCUCUCUCUGUACUACCCUCCUCUGUUCAAUACAAGGCACUGCAAUGCAAAUGCAAGCCAAAGUGGACCAUGCUGGAUUUUCUCAUUUCAACCCCAAAAAAUUAGAAUGAGGAAAAAUUGUCCCUGGACUGAAUCACCCCUCGGCAUUCCAGAUUCCAAGCCCAACCAACCGUAAAGCAGCACAGAUGUAGAAACAAAAGUACUUCCUGUUUUUAUAUUGUUGUCGUCGUAAUGAACCAAUCAACAUGAGAUGUGAAGAGGACAGUGACCAAUGGGAAGAGAGCUGUAUUCUUUGUACUGUAUUGGCCAACCAUACUUACUGUAGCACCUUUAUAUGGGGUCACUUUAUCUUGAUGGACGUAAGAAGGAAACGCAGGCAAUAGGGGGUCUGGUAUUGGGACAACGAUGUGGUGUAGUGUCAUGAAGUGUGAAUGUGUGAAAAAGUGAUCAGCUGGUGUUUCAUGUACCUCAAAGCACAAAGCGUGGCUUGACUUGUCGGCCCAAAUUCUUUAACGGAAUGACAUUAAAGAAAGAUUAGAUUGGAUCUGCAAAAGGGAAAGUGAUAUUGUACAGGACAUGCCUGUGCACACACACACACACACACACACACGCUCAUGCAUGUGCGAAAGUGUUGGCAUACACACAUGUGGGAAUACACACUCACACACACACAAAAACAACUCUGAUAGAGUAAUUGUGGAUAUUCUUGUUAUGCUAAGUCAAGCUGCAAGUCUGUCUCUCCAGAACUGCUCUUGUCCAAAAUGGACAACUAUGUCUACAAAACAUCUGCUGCCUGCUCUCAUUUUCAUUGCCAGGUCUUCUCCUCCUCCUCCCUCUCUUUCUGGUUUUCAUUUCUCUCUGAGGUGAAUGAUAGACUGCACCACGGCAUUGGCUGUUUAGAGGAUCAGGCCCACAAAGUCUUGACUGUCAGUACUCUCUCACCUUCUCUCUCUCUCUCUCUCUCUCUCUCUCUCUCUCUCUCUCUCUCUCUCUCUCUCUCUCUCUCUC